AUGAUCCAAGGUGGGGCCCUCAGUUUCCAGGAGGAGUUGGAGGUGUGGGACCCUUGCCUCCGAGCUCGCUUUGAUCCGUUUGGUCCCCCAGGCAUUCCGGGCUUCGAGCCCGGCAGAUUCGGGGAUGGCGGUCCAAGGCCUAGAGGUCCUCCAGGUGGAGGGGUUCAUCCGGACAUGCAACAUUUUCCAGGCUCAAAUGAUUUCCUCUAG